UUCAUAGAUUACUUCAGUUGCCUGUUGAACANGGUUUUAUUCCUAAAUAUAAACAAUUAUCUGAUCAUGUAUUAAAAGUUUUACNAGCUGAUCUUAAAGAUGUUAUUCUUAGUAUAAUUGAUGAAGUGUCGAUGAUAUCAAAUUUAACAUUAACGUAUGUACAUCUUCGACUGUCCCAAAUAUUUGAUACUAUUGAUUCUGAUGACGGUUGGUUCGGUAACAAAAACAUUCUUCUAGUUAGAGAUUUACUUCAAUUACUUCCUGUACACGAUGUUAUCUUGCGUGAGAUUGAGGAUGAAAAAGUUAAUAAAUAUAUCGGUUCGCUGGAGGCCACUACUUUGUGGACUAGAUUGUUUGACUAUGAUGAAUUGACAAUCAAUAUGUGACAGCAAGGAGAUGAUACUUAUCGUGAGGUACUGUCGAGAAUUCGUAUUAGAUUAGUAAUUGAGAAUCUGGUUGUAAGAUUUUUGAAAAUAGAAUACUUGCCAACUUGUCACAUGUGUGACGUUCUGAAAGCGGCAAUGCUAAGUCGAAUUAAUACAAAAGAAAUAGUAUUAAUUGCAAAAGAUGACAUACAAUGUACUCGCUUCAUAAAAACAAAAGUUCAAAAAGUAUUGUUAAAAUAUGAAAAUGAUAAUUCACGGACAGCUGGACUUUUGAAAAAUAUUAUUAUUAAAAUUGGAGCAAAAGUUAUUAGUUGCGCAACUAAUAUGAUAAGACGUAACAUUGAUGCUAGCAAAGGUCUUGUAAACGGUACAAUAGCUAAGGUCAUUUCCGUUGUUAAGGAUAUAUCAAGUAAGAAUAUAGAAAAAAUAAAUCUUCUUUUGCCAUCAGGUGAAGAAUUUUUAAUUGAGAGAAUAAGAGUCAAAUUUCAAGUGAUGGNAAAAGCAUAUGUUAUUAGAAGACAAUUUCCAUUGUGUCUGAGUUAUGGAAUUACUAUUCAUAAAAGCCAAGGAUUGAGUUUGCAGAAUGUUAUUAUGGAUAUAGGUAAUUCUGUAUUCAGUCCUGGUCAAAUUUAUGUUGCAUUGUCUCGAGUAACGUCUUUAGAAGGAUUGCAUUUAAUUAAUUACGAUCCUUCAUCUGUAAAAGCUUGUGAAGAAGCUAUUAUUAGAAUAUAA